GCCGCGGCCGGAGCAGGAGCCGCGUCCGCGCGAGCCACCCGUGCGCGGGUCGCGGGCGGGAGAAGCUGAGACGUGAGCCCUCCGACUGCCCACUUACCCUCUCUGGCACCCAGUCCAUGGCCCGGAUUGGACAGCGAGCGCCGGCCGCGAUCUCCGGGGAGAGAGGAGCGGCCGCCGCGCGCACAGCCCCGCAGAAGUUGGGCUGCGCUGGGCAGCUGUGAGCCAGCUGCGCGAGAGGGCGGGCGCGGAGACCCGCAGCGGACGGCGCAGGGAAGUGUCUCCGUCUGAGCCAAAGCGGACUGGGAGAGAGGGGGCUGCAGUUCGCUCUCCCGCUGCCUCGGGCCCGGGGCGCGGGGCAGGGGAGAAAUGCUGAGCCCGCGCCCCAGCCACCGCCGCCGCGGUAGCAGCCUCAGCAGCAGCCUCGGCAUCUGCACCGGCGGGACAGCGACAGCGGGGGCGGCGCAGGCGCACUGUGCCCCGCGGAGCCUGCAGUUCCCGAGCCCCGUGUGCUGCACAGCCACAGUCUGGGCAGCGGCGGCCGGGGGAGCGCUACUACCAUGAACUGCCUGGUCCUCCUCCCCAGAGCUGCUCAUCCGGGUCGGGCUGGAGACACAGUCAGGGGACCCCGCCGCCGCCGCCGCGCCCCCUCUUCUUUCGGCUCAGUCUUCUCCUCCACCUUUUCCUCCUCUUCCUCCACCUUCUCUUCCUGCAUCCCCCCCUCCCCCGCCGCGGAUCCUGGCCGCCGCUCUCUAGACCCAGGAUGCCGGGGGGCAAGAGAGGGCUGGUGGCACCGCAGAACACAUUUUUGGAGAACAUCGUCAGGCGCUCCAGUGAAUCGAGUUUCUUACUGGGAAAUGCCCAGAUUGUGGAUUGGCCUGUAGUUUAUAGUAAUGACGGUUUUUGUAAACUCUCUGGGUAUCAUCGAGCUGACGUCAUGCAGAAAAGCAGCACUUGCAGUUUUAUGUAUGGUGAAUUGACUGACAAGAAGACCAUUGAGAAAGUCAGGCAGACUUUUGACAACUACGAGUCAAACUGCUUUGAAGUUCUUCUGUACAAGAAAAACAGAACUCCUGUUUGGUUCUACAUGCAAAUUGCACCAAUAAGAAAUGAACAUGAAAAAGUGGUCUUGUUCCUGUGUACUUUCAAGGAUAUUACAUUGUUCAAACAGCCAAUAGAGGAUGAUUCAACAAAAGGUUGGACAAAAUUUGCUCGAUUAACAAGGGCUUUGACAAAUAGCCGAAGUGUUUUGCAGCAGCUCACGCCAAUGAAUAAAACAGAGGUGGUCCACAAACAUUCAAGAUUAGCUGAAGUUCUUCAGCUGGGAUCGGAUAUCCUUCCUCAGUACAAACAAGAAGCGCCAAAGACGCCACCACACAUUAUUUUACACUAUUGUGCUUUUAAAACUACUUGGGAUUGGGUGAUUUUAAUUCUUACCUUCUACACCGCCAUCAUGGUUCCUUAUAAUGUCUCCUUCAAAACGAAGCAGAACAACAUAGCCUGGCUGGUGCUGGACAGCGUGGUGGACGUUAUUUUUCUGGUUGAUAUCGUUUUAAAUUUUCACACGACUUUUGUGGGGCCUGGUGGAGAGGUCAUUUCGGACCCUAAGCUCAUAAGGAUGAACUAUCUGAAAACUUGGUUUGUGAUCGAUCUGCUGUCUUGUUUACCUUAUGACAUCAUCAAUGCCUUUGAAAAUGUGGAUGAGGGUAUCAGCAGUCUCUUCAGUUCUUUAAAAGUGGUGCGGCUCUUACGACUUGGCCGUGUUGCUAGGAAACUGGACCAUUACCUAGAAUACGGCGCGGCAGUCCUCGUGCUCCUGGUGUGUGUGUUUGGACUGGUCGCCCACUGGCUGGCCUGCAUAUGGUACAGCAUUGGAGACUACGAGGUCAUCGACGAAGUCACCAACACCAUCCAAAUAGACAGUUGGCUCUACCAGCUGGCCUUGAGCAUUGGGACUCCAUAUCGAUACAAUACCAGUGCAGGGAUAUGGGAAGGAGGACCUAGCAAGGACUCCCUGUAUGUGUCCUCUCUCUACUUUACCAUGACAAGCCUUACAACCAUAGGAUUUGGGAACAUAGCUCCUACCACAGAUGUGGAGAAGAUGUUUUCUGUGGCCAUGAUGAUGGUUGGCUCUCUUCUUUAUGCAACUAUUUUUGGAAAUGUUACUACAAUUUUCCAGCAAAUGUAUGCCAACACCAACCGCUACCAUGAGAUGCUGAAUAAUGUACGGGACUUUCUGAAACUCUAUCAGGUCCCCAAAGGCCUUAGUGAACGCGUCAUGGAUUACAUUGUCUCCACAUGGUCCAUGUCAAAAGGCAUUGACACAGAAAAGGUCCUCUCCAUCUGUCCCAAGGACAUGAGAGCUGAUAUCUGUGUUCACCUAAACCGGAAGGUUUUUAACGAGCAUCCUGCUUUUCGAUUGGCCAGCGAUGGGUGUCUGCGCGCCUUGGCAGUAGAGUUCCAAACCAUUCACUGUGCUCCCGGGGACCUCAUUUACCAUGCUGGAGAAAGCGUGGACGCCCUCUGCUUUGUGGUGUCGGGAUCCUUGGAAGUCAUCCAGGAUGAUGAGGUGGUGGCUAUUUUAGGGAAGGGUGAUGUAUUUGGAGACAUCUUCUGGAAGGAAACCACCCUUGCUCAUGCGUGUGCCAACGUCCGGGCACUGACAUACUGUGAUCUACACAUCAUCAAGCGGGAAGCCUUGCUCAAAGUCCUGGACUUUUAUACGGCUUUUGCAAACUCAUUCUCAAGGAAUCUCACUCUUACUUGCAAUCUAAGGAAACGGAUCAUCUUCCGUAAAAUCAGCGACGUGAAGAAGGAAGAGGAGGAGCGCCUCAGGCAGAAGAACGAGGUGACCCUCAGCAUUCCCGUGGACCACCCAGUCCGAAAGCUCUUCCAGAAGUUCAAGCAGCAGAAGGAGCUGCGGAAUCAGGGCUCGACGCAGAGUGACCCGGAGAGGAACCAGCUCCAGGUGGAAAGCCGCUCCUUGCAGAAUGGGGCCUCCAUCACUGGCACCAGCGUGGUGACCGUGUCACAGAUCACGCCCAUUCAGACGUCUCUGGCCUACGUGAAAACCAGCGAAUCCCUUAAGCAGAACAACCGUGAUGCCCUGGAACUCAAGCCCAAUGGCGGUGCUGACCCCAAAUGUCUCAAAGUCAACAGCCCGAUAAGAAUGAAAAAUGGAAAUGGGAAGGGGUGGCUGCGACUCAAGAAUAAUAUGGGAGCCCAGGAGGAGAAGAAGGAAGACUGGAAUAAUGUCACUAAAGCCGAAUCGAUGGGGCUAUUGUCAGAGGACCCCAAGGGCAGCGAUUCGGAGAACAGUGUGACCAAAAACCCGUUAAGGAAAACAGAUUCUUGUGACAGUGGAAUUACAAAAAGUGACCUUCGUUUGGAUAAGGCUGGUGAGGCCCGAAGUCCGCUGGAGCACAGUCCCAUUCAGGCUGAUGCCAAGCACCCCUUUUAUCCCAUCCCCGAGCAGGCCUUACAGACCACACUGCAGGAAGUCAAACAUGAACUCAAAGAGGACAUUCAGCUGCUAAGCUGCAGAAUGACUGCCCUAGAAAAGCAGGUGGCAGAAAUUUUAAAAAUACUGUCAGAAAAAAGCGUACCCCAGACCUCUUCUCCCAAAUCCCAAAUGCCACUCCAAGUACCUCCCCAAAUACCAUGUCAGGAUAUUUUUAGUGUUUCAAGGCCUGAAUCACCUGAAUCUGACAAAGAUGAAAUCCACUUUUAAUAUAUAUAUAUAUAUAUAUAUACAUAUAUAUUUGUUAAUAUAUUAAAACAGUAUAUACAUCUAUAUACAUAUGUGUGUAUAUACAGUAUAUACAUAUAUAUAUAUAUUUUCACUUGCUUUCAAUAUGAUGAACACAACAUGGAUUUUGAUAUGUAAAUAUUGCAUGUCCAGCUGGAUUCUGGCCUGCCAAAGAAGAUGAUUAUUAUUAAAAAUCUAGAUAUAGCUUGUAUAUUAUGCAGUUGACUGCAUGCACACUUUACAUUUAUUUAUAAUCUCUAUUCUAUAAUAAAAAAGUAUGAUUUUUGUUAACCAAGGCAAUGUAAUAUUUGAAGAAUCAGGGUCCAACCUGCCAAUGUUGCCAUGACAAAUUUGAUCUCAGGCUGAGUAUAUCGAGUUGUCAUUUCCUCACUGUUCUUUUAAGUUAAAAUUAUAGAUUAAUGCCAAGGAAGACUUCAGUCUUUUAAACUAUUGGUAUCAUUUUAUGAUCUCUUUCCAUAGGAUAUUUUUCUGUAACUUAGUGUUAGGUUAUUUUCCCCUACAGGCAGUGUUUGCUCCAUUUAAAUGACUGUAUUGUUGCCUGAGUCAGAUAGCAGUGUGGGGUAUUGAAAACUUAUUGCUAUGGGUUUUGUGCAUGAAUUGCAUUUUUGCUCAAGUAUACCUCUUCUUUUUUAACAUUAUACUUAGAUAGUAAUCAUUAGCGCUUAUGUAAGGAAAUCCCUACUCCCCCUGUCUUGGAGAACAGCUGCCAUCUUGUAAACUGAUGAUAUAAACACCAUAAAUACUAACUUAUUAAUAUUGUGUAUGUUAUUAUAGAAAUAUUGCACCACAGGGUAUAAGGGCCUUUUAACAAUUCAUAUUAGAAAUGCAGAUUUUUCCCAAGGUGAUGAAUGCUCUAAAUUUGUAUUUGUAAAACUUGUUUAAGAGUAAGGUUGAAAGGCUCUUAGCAAAGAAACAUACAAAAAAGCAUUUAAGUAAUCAUAUCAAAAUUUUAAUUAUUAUGACACAAAAUUAAAAAAAAAGAAUGUAAACAGGCAAGUUUUUGUAACGUAUCUGUAACUUGGAAUGAAACACUGGUUUGGAUUGUUGACACAUGAUCCUUAUUGUUGGUAGUGGUAACACAUAAAACGUGGUAACAAACCAGCCAACCAACCAACCAACCAACAAGUUGAUGUUAAGUUGUUCAACUUAGAUAACUGCUUCUCUGUCAUUUUAUUCUGGUUACAAUUUUCUGAAGCUUUUUUGCACACAUUUCUACCGCUGGACUUCUGCUGAGUUGAUACAACAGACUGCUAUGGCUCGGGCAGAUCCACUUAUGAAAGGGGUUUACUAAAGAAUGAAUUUUGUUGUCUUUCGGGUCACAAAUCCUCUUUUUAGAAAGUGCCUAUUAUCAAUUAAAAAAAGUCACAAAGAGUUGAGUAUAGCUGUGUAUUUCUAGUCCCUUAAGUGGUAUGUAUUGAGAAUAAAAUACACAUUCAUUUGUAAGAACCCAGGAAAAUACAUUUCUUUUGACUAAUAUAUAUUUUAUUAAGUUGUUCAGAGAGGCGUACUUUUCAAUCAGUGCAUGUAUGGCAUUUAAUAUUAGGAGCAGGGGAGUUAGUGUUUGAAUCAGGUUGAAAAUAUAUGCCGGUAAUUUGUAUUAUUACUAGAUCAUCUGUACAUAUAUCUUAACAACAUACACAAAUGAUGGCAAACUAAAGGAGAUAUUUUGGUCUAUUAUAACCAUUUUUAUGAGCUUUUCUAACUAUCUCCCAGUAUCCCCAACCAAAGCCACCAGAACCGAAAGACAAGUUAUUACAAUCAGACUGGAGAAGUGUAAAAUAGCAAUUUAUAAAAACAGUUGCUAUCUUAGAAUUUCUAUUAGAACUUCUUCACAUGCCCACAAGAUGUGCCUCUUUAAUCUAGGAGUCUCAGAACAUACGUUGUGUGCCAUGGGCUCCAUUUUCCUUUCUUUGUGCAUAUAACUUCCACUACACAUACGGAAGUUUUCAGGGGAGCAUGUCUCCAUGCUAUUCUACAAUAUCUACCUACCAUAGGCACAAGAAAAUGAAAUAAUUGUGGUGUGAGGAAUCAGCCCUAAAAUUGGGAUUUUGUUGCUUUCAUGGUGAGAAUGGUAUCUUUUUCUUGACUUCUGACGAUUACUGAAUUUCAGGGUAUUUUUAUAUUAGUUUAAGUCAAGUUUGGCUAAAGCCUUUAAGGAUGAAUGAGUGGUAAAAUAAAAAAAAAUAAUAAACUGAGUACAGAAAUUGUUAGUUUAACGUUAGCCACGUGCUUUAAAAAUAACUGUUGGUGUAAAGCUCCAAAAGAAUGACUGUGAAACAGCAUGAUGAUUUGAAGUUGCAAUCCACGCCUUUACAUGUUAGUGGUGCAGAUGUUUACUGUGUUCUGACAUCGACUCAGAGUUUCACCUAAUCAACCUACAAUAGUAUUUAUUGUUCAUACAUGUGGAAAAGAAACAUAGCGAUUUUGAACUAUUCCAGGUUGUCAAUGGGAGGGAAAAGUAUCACUUGUUUAUUUAUGGUGCAGCUAUCACAGUAUUCUUUUCCAGCCACCGCUGUUUUCUGCGUGCAUGACAUGAUAUGGUGCUGAAUAUACUCUGCUGUUUUCAGCAGGAAUGCGUGUAUUCAGCAAACAUUGUAUAUAGAUUAGUCUUUUAGGCUCCCAGAUUCCACAAUUCUUAGAAGCUGAAUUUACUCAGAUUUGAAUGAAGGGUGAGCACUUGCUUUAAUACAUGCAAUAAUGAUACAAUCAUGUUCUGUGUUGCCUCAACUGGCACAUAGACAGUAGAUGCUCUUUUGGGGACCAGCCAACUGCAUGUUUCAUUUCUACACUGUAUAGAUGCUUUUGGUGCAUCCAGAAUAAAAUUUCUACUGUUAUCUUUCUGAAUAAUGUAUUAAUAGGAGUAAAUGGAUGUGUAUUUAAAAUCCAAACAUUUUCCAAAGCGAUGUCCACAACGUCAAUAUUUUUCUAUGAUAUAUUAAUGUAUAAGAUCAGAUGCUAUGUUCAGAACAGGUGGUUGUAACAUAAUAGCAAAAGUCAAACAAGAAUGGAAAUGCAAACUGUGUAUCAUAAUGGCAAGUUUUAUAUUGCUGCACUAAAUGUGAUCUAGUAGAUGGAAAAGUUUACGAUAAAAGGCAAAUAGGCACACAAAGACCAGACGACAAUACCAAAGCUACACGAAUGGUACUUGAAAUGGUUCAGGCAUAGUGGUUGAAUACAGAUCCAUACUUCAUCAUUAAAUUGAAAAAUUUUUAUGAUGAUACUGAUUUCAUCUCACAUUAAGUGUAGGAGUGUAAGUGUCCUCAGUACUAAAAAAAAAGAAAAACCCAACUUUAUGUAGAUCAGAGAAAAUAUAAUUUUAAAAUUGAGGGUUUUAAAUUCCUCCUAGAACAAAUAUAUACCCCUUCUGUACCCAACACUUUAAUUGAAAUAUUAGUUAUAACCAUUAACUAAAGUGCCAUUUUGAAAAUGAACCUUGCGGGAGCCCAAAUGCAAAUCACAUUUUCACUUAAAUUUAAGGAAAUUUUGUUCAACUGUGAGAUCUUGUCCAUUUGAUGUCCUAUUUUAAAUAACUAAAUUUGCUAAACGUUUUUUCUUUAAAUCAGUCUUCAGAGCAGUGACUGUUUUGAAGUGUGCAUGGCUGAUUGUGAAAUUGUCAUCAUCCUAAUGAAUUCCAGUAUCUUGUAUGAUUUUUAUCUUUUAAGCUAUUUUCUCUGAGUCUUAUUUCCAAAAUUUCAUGUAGGUAAUGAGAAAAUUUGUUUAGAAUAUGCAUAUCAUACAUGGAUCACUUUAAAAUGCAAAUAUCUUGUAAUCAUGUGAAUGUUGUGCUUUAGUAUCUUGUGUUGGGUAUAAAAAUAUUUCUUUUCUUGUCUUGAUGGAAAGGAGGAAAAUUAAUACAGUCUUUAGGAAAACACCCUAGGAUGAGUAUCUGAGCUCUGUCUUGGACUUUGAAUCUAGCUUUGCCACAAUCCAGCAGUAUAAUUUUGGGCAAGUUAAUUGUUUGUUUAUUAUGCCCAAUGCUUCAAUUCCCCAACCAAUAAAUAAUACAAUGAAGGUAAGAGCUGCUCCUUUCUUAUAUUAAAGUCCUAUUAGGUCAAUGGAAAAUCAUGUUUCUCUCAGAUGAAAAUCACAUUAUGACAAAUUAUCACUUUUUCUUUCAUAGGAGAUUAGCUGUGAUGUGCUCUCUAUCUAAAUAUUACUCUAGAUUUUAAAAGAGAUUUCUCUGGUCAGAGGUUGGUGGAGAGAGGCAUGCCUUGCUAAAUAAUUAUCAGUUAAUGGCAUGUGAGCAUAUCACUUGAUACUAAUCUGGGAAUUUAGAACUACUGAUCAAAUAAACAUGGAGCUAAUGAAGGUCUGUUGGGAGAAGGAAAGGAGAAAAAAGAGAAACAGACAUAGGUACAUUUUACGAUUUUUCUUAUUCCACUUAAUCAUACUGCUCAGCAGAAACUCUCAUUUUGUGAAAAAGUAUGCAUAUUGGUAAACGUUCGAGGUAGAGUAAUUCAUCCUUUAACUUUUUAUACAAAACAAUCAUGACUUAUUCAAGAUACAUGAUUUCACUUGAGCAAAUGUUCUUACAAUAAAAUUCUUAACUAUGUGCUAGAUAUUAAAAAUUUUGAUCUGUAUUCUAACUCAAGAUUUUCCAUCACUUGAUUUUGAAGAUGAGACCAAUGUGUUUGCAUGCAUUAUGAGGGUCAGGGUCAUUGAGGAGUCAGACUGAGAACCAGGAAGAUGAUGAAGGCAAGGAUUGGGAGAGGACUGAGUAGACUCUGCUUCUUUACCCCUAAGGCUUAGAAAGUAAAUAAACUAAUUAAGCUCAUAUGUAUUGAGUUCUCACUAUGCUGACCACUUUAUUUAGAUUAUCAAAUUUAACUCUUUCAACAAUCCUAUGAAGGAAUAGGUUAAGGAACUUGUGUCCAGGAUAUAGCUAUUGAGCAGUAAAUUUGAAAUUCUAAUAAAGGCAGUUAGAGAGAAAGCUUAAUCUUAACAGAACAAUGACAUUACAAGGACUAUCUAAUUCAACCACAAAGUCCAAGUCUUUCAAGAAAUAUACUUGUAAAGGUUUCUUAAAUUAAAAUAAUUUUUAAAAAAUUGCAUUUUAUAAUGUGAAUGUAAAUGUUUGGUUCUCCUUGGCAAGUCAGAGCAAAUGACAGAGUCUUAACUGCUAUAUGCAAAAGGUGCCCUGUCCCAGUAAUGGAAUUUUUGUUCACUUCUCCCAACAGUUGAAAGGCAUCAGUGGAGGCAAACUGUCAAAUAUGGUUAUAAGUAAGAAGCAAAGUUGACAUAUGGUCACCGAUAGCAACAUUUUCUUUUCCAGUUGAAUUUUAACCUAAAAAGGUAAUAGAUGAUAGUUAAGGAAAGUAAAAGUCAUUUAGGACUUUUUCUAUAAUUUCUCUUUAUUUUUAAUAAUGAUAUUUGGAUAAGACUAUGGAAAGACUUUAUUUUAAAAAUUUAUUCUUUGACCUACUGGGUUUUAAUUAGAUUAUUCAGACAUUUUAUUGAUUGCACUGAUGUGGCUUCUUGGCCAAACCACUAUUAAAUAAAUUGUCCAAGUGAAUCAUUUUGGUUUAGAAUGGCAAAUUGUGUUCUUAUUCCCAAAUUUAAUGAGGUUGUAUGUGUAGUUACUUCACAGAGUUUAAAUAAUUUUCUCUAAUAAAAAUAUUAUUUUUUUUGAAUUUGAUUUAUUUGUUCUACCCUUUGAGAUUUUUAAAGUAAAUUUCUUGAGAUAAGGAGAAAAAACAAGAUAUUACCACAUUACACCUGGGAUCCUCAGCCCAAACCAUCCUGUUUUCACUUUAUUAAUAACAGAGCCAGAGGUAACCAUAGAAAGGAACAUAUUACUUUUCUUUUCAUAAUUGUGAAAGACUCCAGUGACACUACAUAAAGCUUUUCCUAGUUAGCUCACUUCCAUUCCUGGUUUUUAUAUCAUCAUUUCAUUAUUAUUUAAAUGAAUUCAUGAUUUCUAUUGAUUGUAAAGACACUUGGUCAAAGAACAACUGACCAAAAAGUGCAGCUGAGGGUCAGAGCUAUAAUUGAGGAAAAGGAGGAGGAUGGAUAGAUUCUUCUUGAUGGAUUUUCUGUGUCUGAUCCUUUUUAUUAAAUACUAGAAUUUUGUUUGUUUGCUUGUUUUUAAAGAUAACACAUUGUCAUGGCUGUUGUUAAGAUUUUUAACAAAACAUUUGGAAGCAGUUUGAAAGCUUGUCAAAUGCUGGGACCUUUUUAGAAAUGAGUGCGCCCCCAGAAACCCAUCAGUCCAGAACCUUUAGUUCUGACCAACGUGCCCAGGCCCCUGAGCACUUAGCUGGUUGGCUGCAGCCUGAUGGGACAAAGCCAAAAAGAUCUGACCACUGUCUCCCAUUCAUGAAGAAUGGCUGAUUGUUGAAUGACCAGAGCAUUCAAGGCCAAAAUAUUCACCUUGAUGCUUGAAUAAACCAGAUUGAGUAUCCAUAAUAACUAAUUUAAGUGAUUCAUUGUCAAAUAUUUUAUCUUCAUUCUCUGCUAAACCAUCUUUGAUAAUAUAAAAUUUGACCUUUUCCUUCCAUGGUCAGACUCCCCAUGACUUAGGGAAAUGAGACCUUGUGACAAAACUAAGGUAAAGAUUAUUGUUGAUCACAGUGCCAUGGAUGCCUCCUUUACUCUGAACUUUUCCAACCAAAGUAUGAUGGAAAAGAUUUCGGAUUAGGCCAAUAGAAUAGCUAGCUUGAAAACUAUGCAAAAUCACAAUAGAGAUCCAUUUUUAAAUCCAUGUCAAAGAAAGUUUGAUAGACCUGAAUAUUUAGUAUGGAUAUACUAUGACAUAGCCAUGAAUUGGUAACUUAACAUAAAAUCCAAACAUACUUUUAUUUAAAAUCAAGAUGAUUCAACAUAUUUCAUUUUUAGAAAAAAUAGUGGUGAGGAUUGCUUUUCUUGACCUUUACAGUGAUAUUUUCACAUUGUGGUUCUCAGGAUCCUUUGUCAGAGAGAGGAUACGUGUAAUGAUGUUUGCUUAUAUCUCCUUAUGGCUGUAGGCAUCUCCCAUCAAGCAGUUGGCUUCACCUUAGAACCUCUUCACAAUUAACAAAGCAAGAGAGAACACACUUUUCACAUUAGGAACAGAUUUCUUAACUGUUUAUCACAUUGAAAUUGGAAACCAAUUUAGAACCAUUUUUACCCUAAAGCAUCCAUUAUAGAUUAUUAAAAGAGCAAUGACUUUUAGCAGUGCUUGGUUCUCAAGCAACACAAAUUAAAAUGUGCAGAUUUAUGAUAUAUUGCAAACUAUAGAUUUCUUUUUAUUCUAUGUUCUAGUGACUUUGUUUACACUAGUUGCAGCAUUUUUGUAUACUAUAAUGUAAAUUCCUGACUAUAAUGCUAAUGUUAAUAUGGGAGUUAAUUUUGCAAAUUAUUAAAUGUUUCUGCCACUGCAUCUGUAUUUGUGAAAAUUUGCAGGUAUUACAAAGGGUUAAUUCACUGGAAAUAAUUAAUUCAUGUAUUGACCAAGGAAACAAAGCAAACACUUCAUGUGAGAUGUUUUUUAAUACCAUUAUGCUAAGCAUUACUUGUCUGCUCUUUUCAAAAUCUGAUUCAUGCUAAGCAGAUCAUGUUUCUAUUUAAAGAUAUUGCAAUGUGUAAUAUAGAAAUUUUGUAUGUAUUCUUGACCUAUCAUCUGAUUGCUAGAAGGAUGUGUGAAAAUACUAUAACUAUGUGAUUUUGGGUAAAUUCUGGAAUACUUGUGAUCAAAAUUUGAUUGCUUCUGGGAAGUUUGUAGUGAUUAUAACUUUAUUUAAAGUUUGUUCUUAAGAAAUAGUCAUUUUAAAAAGUGAAUUGGCAGGUGGAAGUUUUUAACCCAAAGGAAUUCUGGGUUUCAGCACAAUAAACUGUAUUUCAUCAGGGAGGAUUAACUUUGCUUUUUUCACACUUUAUUUAAAUGUGGAUAUUUUUUCAUGAUACAGAAUAAAUUGUGCAUUUUAUGGAACUUAUUUGAA